AGCAGAGCCCCUGAGUUGUGUGCAGGAAGAGUCUCCAGCUGCAUUCCAGUGCGCAGGGCUCCAGGACCAUGCUGAGGAGGAGGCUGCUGCUCUCCAUAGGGCUCCUGGCGGGAAUCCAGGCCAUCCUCGCCUCCAGCCCUGGCCACAGCCACCUGGAGGAGGUCGGAUUCCUUCUGGAUGAAGCAGGCACCGGGUCCAGCUACCCAAGCCUUCUGCAGAUGGCCAAAGGAGCAGCUCCAGAGUUUGACCAGCUGGCCUUGGAGAUGCCAAUCACUCAAGACGACUUGGUGCCAGAUGCCAGCAUGAUGGAGCCGCAGAUGCUGCCGGCGACCCUGCAGGUCCAGGGGCGGGAGGAGCGUUCUCCGCGGAGAUGCGUCCGCCUGCAGAAGUCCUGCCUAGGGCACAAGCUCCCUUGCUGCGAUCCGUGCGCCACCUGCUACUGCCGCUUCUUCAAUGCCAACUGCUUUUGCAAGAAAUUCAGCAACACUUUCCCCUGUGGCAGGAACUAGCCCUUUGACUUUGGGGACUGU